GAUUUAGCUUCGUUCUUUAAAACGUCGUGUUGAUUUUUAUAAGAUUUUUAGCAUAUUGUUAAAUAUCCGUAGUCUUUGGUGACAAUUCUUAUGCAAAAAUGGGAUUAAAAGACGUUUGUUGAACCGAACGUUGUUGAACUUAUUUCGCUAGAUUUAUCGAGGCGAGUGUCUUACAGCCAUCUGAACGUUCAACUCGGCAUUUCAAUCCACGGCGCUAUUAAGAAGAUGAAAUUUGCAAUUCAGAUAGGUAAGAAAUGCUGCCACUUCUCACGGCCGGAUUGACGUUUGCCACUUUUCCGAUGAAGAAAUCGAGAUACACUUCUACGAGUAUCUAAAACUCUUUCCUUACGGGAGAACAAAAAUUAUGCGUUUCUGAUGUUUUCACUCGUUUGAUCGAAAUAAACAAAAUUCACCAAGUUUUCGAUUAAAUUUUUUUAAUUAGGAAAAGUUUCUUUGGAAAACCAUAAAUAAUACACUCUUCUCUUCCGUAAUUUUAACCAAAAAUUCGAAAAAAUUCAUCGAAUUCUAUAUUUCUAAUAAUAUCAAAUAUCAAAUUCAAAAGACGCAAAGCAAGAAACUCUCAUUCAUAACUUCACUCUCGGACUAUCAAAAGUUAAUUAUCGAAAGUUUUUCCCCCCCUUUUUUAUUUAAUUUCAACUUCACCCAUUUUAUAAUAACCACAGUCCUUCAUCAAUUCUUCUUUUCCUACAAUUUUCUAACAUCUUUGAUUCUCUUCCCAUAGAAUUUCAAACUGGCCGAAUUCAUUUCCAAGAAUUCGAUCGGAUCGCAAUAUGCUCGUCGCAUUAUCGGAUCGAAAAAUAGGGAAGAAUUUCCUCAGAAAUCAAGAUUAUUAACAUCAAGCCACCUUCUCCCCGUUUCGAGUUUUUCGAUCAAACAAAUUCAUUUCAAACUCGGAUCCCAUCGUUGACCACCCCUUUGUUCCAUCAUCGGUCACCGUUCGACAACGGUCCCUAACGAAAUCGGUAUGCGGGCAUCGGCGGCCGAAUAAUUUUCUAUCAUCCGGGAGGGAAUGUAUUGCCGUGCCCGCUCGCAGGGACGAUUCCCUUCCGCGUUCCGAUCGAAAUAUGCGCGGCACGUUCCUGCAAGGUAAACUCGAAAGGUACGGGGGUGGCGGUGGUAUUUGUCAAGACUCGGCAGACGUGCCCGUCGGUAUCCACCGACGGUCGGAGAUAUUAUUCAAGAUAUAGGGGAGGGAGAGGGCACGGCCGACAAGGAAAAUGCCCAGUUGGACAGUUGGACAGUUGGAGUGGGUGAGGGUUGGUCGCGCCGUCCUCGUCGAGGAACGUCCCUUAUCCUUGAAUCGUCCUUGUCGGUGACGAGCGGAAACGGAGGUGGAUCGACUCGUGCUUCCGCUGUCACGUCGAGUUUCCACGGUGUCGGUGGGAUGUCUCUAUCGAGUUACGAGGCUUUGUUUUUGGGUCGAUUCCGAGUGGCCCAUCGCCACUCGGAACGUCCCGCCGGACUUUCUUUGACCCCCUUUGACGUCGUUUCCGGGCCUUCGGCCGAUAAGCAUGAUAGCCGGGGCAAAAUUGAUUUUCCCCAAAACAUUUGGCGGAAGUUCGCCCUCACGAGGCCGCCGAGGCAACCGAGAUGCCCUCGUAUAAUAAUAAUAAUAAUAAUACUUUGUCCACGCGGAAAUCGAUUUUCUUGGCCGGCUUUACGUGGCGGACCGAGCCGCCAAUCGGAGUUUAUUCGAGUUGGUUCGAGUCGCGAAGAUUGUUACGACGAGUUUUUCUCGGCGUCGAGGAGGGGAAAGAUCGGUAAAAAUAGUUUUUAGAUAAUUGUGGAAAUAGGCGUUGAUUGAAUUUCGUUCGAUACAUGUUUCUUUAAUCCUUUUGCGAUCGAAUUAUUUUAUUCCGUCGCGAAUUUAUUGGAUGCAAAUAUAAAUUUAUUAUUCGAUGGUUUAACUUAACCGAAGGAUGAAAAGAUGAAAAUCUGUAAAUAAUAAAUGCGAGGUAUAUUUUGACUCUUUUUAAAGUUUCAAUUUUGUGUUUCAUCUAUGAUGAUUCGAUUAAUGGAUAAAAAUUCUUUUAGGUAGACACGUUCGGAUUGGUCGAGGGGGUGAUUUAAUAAAAUAAUGAAAAAAGGAAAAGAAGAAAGGAAGGAAGAAAAAUGAUGGAAAAACUGCAACGGUUCUGUGAACGUGAUGGCAGUUAGUAUUGGUUGAAAAUCGUUGGUGAUUGGAAUCACGGCCAAUUCUAUCAAAGCACUCUUGCAUCGCUGCACGAUUCGUGUUUCCAGUAAAAACAAGCAUAGUUACAAAAAACGCAACGCAAGGAAUAUCGAUGCAUCGAAAUCGCUUCACUUUCGAAGGGCUCAGGAUCUUUUUCAAUUAUUACUCUCGGACGAGAAUUAAUCGAAUCUUUUUUUCUUCGUUCACGCACGAAACGAAUUCUUUAUCCCGUCUAUUAUACGACACGAUAUUAACCGCAAUUGCUUCUUCUCCGAUUAAUUUUAAAAUCGAGUCGAAUAUUUUUCUCUCUUCUUUCCUUUUAUGUAAUCGACGAGUUACGAAUUCGAUCGGUUAAACACCUUCUUCCUUUUCCUCGGGUGUUCAUCUUUUCUUCCGAAUUUUCGCAGCAGAGAGAAGAGAGGAGGAGUUUUUUCUCAGGCCAAGAAAUUCGAUUAGGCGUCGUUCAUUGUGUAAAGGUUACUACGGGCGAAAGCAUUGCCGGCUCGUUUCAGCGAAAUUCUUUCCACACCCUCCUUCGCUCCUCCCCUCUCGGUUUUAGGGAGAACGAAGCCAAGCUUCGUUCGAACCCCCAUCCGGGCAACCUAUAACGAGGAAGAAAGCUUUCUUUAUCUGGGUUGCAAAAUCGAAUUGUCGUCCUUUCGUCUCGCGAGCUCUUCCUCGCAGAUUCUCCUCUCACCUCCAUUCCCGCUUCCCGCUUUCGUGAAAACAUUUCAUCCGAAUGGUCCGACCAUCUUCCUCUCCCGCUCUUUUCCUCCCUUUUCCUCCUUCGCUCUUAUCUUUCCCCCUAUUCAACCAACACGCACAAGUUAAGGAGUCGUUGAUGAAGCGAAUCGGAUAUUCCUUGGGGAAAAUAAUCCGCCAGGAAUUCAAUGUGGGAGAAUAUUCUGGGCUGAAAACUCCCCCCCUCCCCCGGUUGAUAUUGUUAAUUCGUGAUAUGAGAAAAUCCAUUCGGGCUUUAGCCAAACUUCCUGUAUUUAAUUUGCAUCCAGUCAAUUGUCAGGGCCAGGAAGUGGGGAAAAGUUGGAAGGAUAAUUGGUUGUUGAGCAGCGCGCGGCUCGGCGGACAAAGUUUUGGAAAAGAAUAAAACGCGUUUCCAAGCUCGGCGAGGCUUUCCACGUUAUUAGCCUUAAUCGUAACCUUAUUCCACCUUUAUAGCAAUAUGCUAUAACGUUAUAGCUCGCAUCCUCGUUUGUCGAUCUUUUUUCCACAAUUUUUAACUCGAUUUCGCGGAACGACUAUAUAUAUAUAUAUAUCCCUUAAUCAUUUUACGAAUAAGAAAAUUCUUUUAUAAUACGCGAAUAUCCAUAUAAGUUUAAUUUUAUUACAAAAAUUAUAAUCUCGCAACUCUUUGUAAUUUACUUUAAUUUAAUCUUUCGUAAUAUUACGUUUCACGUUACCUCCUACCUUUCCCUGGUAAAAGAUAACUUUAUCCCCCUCACCGCUCUUAAUAAUCAUCCCUUUUACCCAUCAAUUUUACAAUUUCCCUUGUUAAAAAAUUCCACCUAGUACCGUAGCUCUCCAACGCGCGUGUUAAUUUUCUCUUUUUCAAAAAAGAAAGAAAGAAAAAAAAGAGAGAGAGAGAAAGAACUCUCUCAUCAUGGAAAUUAACUUCGACUCGAGAUUAAAUCUUUGUCGAAAAAUAAAAUAUUGAAAAAGAAAUAUUCGCCACCGAGCGAAUUGAAAAAUCUCAAUUCGAACCUCCCUCUUCGUUCUCCCAUUUUUAUCUCCCAGGCUAUCUAUUUUAAACGUCUUCCAACGAACGAUAUCCCCGACGAAGUCCCGUUGCCGCGUUAUUAGCGCGGCAAAGAGAGGAAAGGGUUGGAAACCGAGGGCAUAUCUCUCGGCCGACUUGUGAAUAGCGGGAAGGAGAGGAAGGGUCGAGUUAAAACAACGAGAAGUAGCGAGUGAUAAUUGAGGGAGGCCGCGGACCACGGCGGAAAGGUGGAGAACGCCGAUGCGGAUCUACCUGACCGGAAUUCGGAACAGGAACGAUGGAAGGUGGGAGGGCCGAGUAAUUCCGGUGACUUCGAUUAUGGAAGAUGGUUCCUCUUCUGGACCGAUCGAGCUAGAAUUUAGAUGUUUCUUGGAAUAUUAAUGCGACGCAUUUCCUUCGACCUGGAUUCGACGAGAAAUUGAACUAUUUUAAUGCUGAACGUGGGUGUUUUUGUUGCUGGAACAAGCAGGAACAAAAGGAUUUGGAAUUGUUUAUUUUUCGAUGAAGAGGAAUUAUUUCUUUUUUUUUUAGUCGAGUCGCGUCUUGCGAUAUGAUUUUCUAUUAUUUUUUAUUUAAUUUAUUUGAAUAUGGAUGGAUGGGAGUUGGGGAUCGAGAGAUCAAAGGGAAAUUGUAAGAGGAAUAUGAAUUGUUAUGAUUAAUAAUGGUUUUAUGCUUUUUAUUUAUUAGAGGAAAAUGUUCUUUAAUACACAUUCGAUCAAAGUGUUUGAAUAUAUCAAUAGAAAGAGAAAUGUAUUUUUGGUUAAGUAUCUUUGGUUUUACGAUCUAUAAUAUAUAUUGAAAAGAAUUUUAUUUUAGUUUCGUUUCGAUUUGUUCGACGUAUCGUCGCACGAGAACGAUUGAAGCUUAGGAGAAAAAUUGUAGGUUAGAGAAUUGUGCCACGAACGAUUAUCGCACAAUUUUACGAUAUUACUUAUGGAAUGAGACGAUCAAUCGAUCUGUACGUUUGUAAAAUUCAUCUGUAAAUCUUUACUCGUUUCAAUGAUCAAUCUUAUUUUUACAAACUGAUAAGUUGUAAAAUAUUUUGUCGAUAAUAUCACCUCGGUGUAUCGUCAACGAACGAAAUGUAAACACAUUAUCUUAUCGAUCCUCGAAAUAAUGGAACGGAUCGAUCGUUAAAAAGUGAAAUCUUUCUCAUCUCGUAUUUCCAAACAAAUAAAUGCUUCUGAUUUCUUAUAUAACCGAUAAUAAUUCAACGCAAAAUACCUCUUCCCACUAUGUGUCAAUGAAAAGAAACAAAAACAAAAAAAGGACGGAGGAGAAAAAAUUCACCACCCAUUUCCCCCAACCAAUAUUACCAAUCAACUUUAUCUCCACCAUCUGAAACUAAAGAAUUUUGAAAAUCCGUAAGAAAAGGCGGCGAAACGAUUCCCGUGCCGAUACUUGGAUCCGAAUGUGGAAAAAUGGGGAAGGAGAGGGAAGGGGGAAAAAAUUGGGACGAAAUGCGCGUGUCGAAGGUUAAAUUUAAAGAACUAAUAGAGGGAAGGAUUACGCCAUUGGCCAGCGACGUUUCCAAAGUUGCCCGUUUGGCGGCGAUAUGGGCGAACCGAUUCGGGAUCGUGGGCAACGAUUCCUCGUUAGCGAUCGAUGCGAAUCAGGCUGCGAGACGACGUCCACGUGUGGAAAGUGGCUCGGUUUCGAAGGUGACACGCUCGGAUGCUGAGAAAUGUCCCAGAAUAACCUGCUUCAAGGAUACAACUGGGAGACCCAGUACGAGGAUUCUCAGGUGCAAUUCACUCGUCCUAUCCCGGAUGAAGUCAUCAGCGUUUAUGAAGUUUACGUGAAAGAGGAAACUGCAGGUUCUGAAGGGAGGAACGAUGUCACCGUCGUACCGAGUUUGCCGUCCACAAAUGAUCAUCAAUUAAUUCAGGGUGAUUGCAUGAACCUAAAUGUGGCUAUAGAUUCUGAAGUAAUUAACAUUGACGGUGCUGUGACAAAGUUUCUCGGGAAAGAUGCUUUCAAAUAUAAAAUUCUCGAUCAAAAUGUUAAUUCGUCCAACGACAACGUUAUGGUGUACUCGCAUCCAGUUGUCGAAGGACCUUCAUCGUCUUCCACUCGACUGAUCGAUAAAGAUGAUCCAAGAUCGAAACUUCAUUUCGUGAAAUAUUUGAAGCGAGAUGGAAAGACGUUGAAAAUCUGGGAAUGCGGAAUUUGUUCGAAGGAGUUCCGGCAUCAGUACACGUUGAUGAGGCAUUUGCCAACGCACACCGACGAGAGAAACUUUAAAUGCGAGGCUUGCGGCAAAGCUUUCCGGCAGUUGUCGACUCUGAGCCAGCACAAGGCGAUACACAGCGACGCCAGGCCAUACGUUUGUGAAUUUUGUAAGAAAACUUUCAACAGAGUGUCUACACUGAUUUCACACCGGAAAACCCAUUCGGAACACAAACCGCACAAAUGUCAGGUUUGUGGGAAAGGAUUUCAUCAAAAAGGCAAUUUGAGGAACCACGUAUUUACCCACACGAACGAGAGGCCGUACAAAUGCGAGCUUUGUGGCAAAGGGUUCAAUCAAAUGUCGAAUUUGGUCUGCCACAAGGUCAAAGCUCAUGCACACGCGGAGAAAAUGCAGCACGUGUGCGGAAUCUGCGGCAAAGAGUUCCCGCGCCGAUUCUCUUUGAGAUCGCACGAAGAGUACAAGCAUGGGAUAAAGUAUCGACAUCCGGCCGGUGUGCAGACAGGAAUCAACGAUCCGAACGUCAUAAGAAACAAGAAUGUGAGGAUCGUUCAGCUACCCAACGGAGAUCGAAAUCAAACUAUCGAAGUCAGGGACAAGGAUCCUUUGAUGUGUUCAGAUGUGAUGGAAUCGGUGGUGAUAGAUAAAAUCGACACGAAGGCGAUGGAGAUGGCAUUGAUCGAGGGACAAACGCCAUUCGCUUUGUUUAAACCAGCCAAAGGAAUUCCUGUCCUGGUGAAAGUCUCCCCAACUGGGACUCAUAAAAAUAUCUUGACACCUGCCACCGCGGAAGAUUUACGCAUGGCGGGCAAGAUGAGCCUAAGUCCGACGAUUACCGCUGAUCCCGACAGGAUUAAAGCGGUACAAGUGAAGGUACCAGUGGUAGCCACGGUUAUCCAGAGCAUUGACUCUGAUGGAAAAAUGAAUUUCAUUGUCGAACCGCCUGGCCCCGAGAACGAACAUGAGAGCUUGGUCACGGCAUUGGAUUCUCAGUUCACGUACACCGAGCCGGCCAGAAACGAGCCGGAUCGCCAGAAUGGCCCUGUUGUGUCCUCGGCGAUGGAGGAUUGCAACGAGCUGCUGGAACUGGCCGCCCAGGGUGGAAUACAGUUCGUGCGCGCGACAGAGGACGGUCGUUACGAGGUGAUGACGAACAGCGAGGCUCGCGAUCUGAUGGCACAGAAUUCGCACGACGUGACGAUUCUUGAGGGUGAGGAAGCGGAUGCGAUCAAUGUUGUGAAUAUGCGCGGCAACGGGGAAGUUAUUAUCGGGGAUUCCGAUAAUCAGAUCAUGGUGCUCGAUUCCGCAUCGACGCAGAAAUCUAUGCCGAUGGACGGCAUUGAGAUCCUGGAGGACAAGGAUAUCCGGAUAUUGGACAGCAAAAGCCUCGACGACCGUUUCGUGGACGGCAUUAGCUUCCUCUCGCAAUCGAAGAUCGACGAUCUGAUAUUGGGCCCGAAACCUUUGUCCAUCGAUGGCGGUGUGACCGUCAACGACCACGAGGACGAGGCCAUAGGCGUGCCUUCGAGUCAACAAGAGUUGACGAACAUACUCAGCCACAGAAGCGAUAUUUCCACGCUGUCGACCACAUCUCAGCCCUCGAUAUCGUCCCUGUUAAUGAAAAAUCAUCCACCCUUGUCGAUCUUGAACGAUACGCUCCCGUAUCUGAAGAGCAACACAAGCUUAGCCGAAGAUCUCAAUAUUCUAGGCAGUUCGACGAUGGACGAUCAUCAUUCCGUGUACGAGUCAAAGAUAAAAUUACCUUCCGUUUUCGACGAUCCUGAACCAGACACUGGCCUGAUACCAAUCAAUCAAUCGGAUAUGAAGAUACUCGGAUCAGGAACUUCGAAUAAGGUCCUUGGCAGCAAGACAAAUUGUCUACCGCCAUCGAAAUUGUUCCCCGGUCUGAACGAGGUGAAGAUCCUGGGUCCGAAGAACCACAGCCAAGAGAUGAUGACUUCGCAGUAUCAGGAUAUAAAGUUACUCAGCCCUUACGAACAGUUUUUGAAGAACACCGCCUCGAACACGAACGGGUGCGACAGCGGCGGAGUGAACACUUCCGGUGGGUGCAGGAAGGAGGUGAAGAUCCUGGGUAAGAAGUUGGGAACUGGCAUUAUCACCAGCACCGAGGAGGGCAACGUUGUGGAAGUCAUCGAGGAGAAAACUAAGCUCAUGAUGGACGGUCCAGGUCUUUGCAACCCCACUGACAACACGGUGAUCUCAUCUCCGCGUCUCGACAGGCAGAUCACGGAGAAUGGAGGGCCGGACAGCUUCUUGCUCCAAGCAUGUAGCCCGUGCGACUCAGAUUUCCUGAAUUUCGAGAACCGUUUGAAGGACACGUCGCCGGCCGGCCAUUUUGAGCGGACCCAGAAGGAUUCCAGGGAUAGUUUCAGCUCUACCAGCGGUCUUCCCGAUCUCGAUUGAACGAAGAAGUCGGGAACAGUCCAACUCUGUUCAACUCUUCUCCUUGGCUCUCCUCCGUUGAAACUGUCCAAGCUCGCGACGAGUGGAAAGGGAAAAAGAGAAAAAAAAGGGAAAAAAGGGGAGGGGGGGAAAAAAGAAAAGAAAAAAAAAAGAAAAAGAAAAUGUCGCCACGAGAUCUUUAAAUGGCUGUGAAGGAUGGAUGUGAUUAUUAUAAUUGAUAUAUGUGCAACUAGAAAAUUAACGUCUCGAUGUUGUUCGUUCGUCGAAUUCGUUCUCACGACACAUUCUCGCGAAUCUAGUAGCAAGAACUAGGAUUGUGCAUUUAUUAUUAUUUUCUUUUUUUCUCGAUUUUUAUUUCAGGAUUAUUUCCCGUAUACCGAUCCUUAAAAAACUAGUUUCGAAUUCUUGUGAAUUUUAUUCCGAACGUCUUAUAUAUAAUGUUAGUUCCAGAGGGUUAUUCUCGAUAUAUAUAUAUAUAU